AGUUGCUGUUAAUCAUGAAAUUUUGGGAAAGGGCUGGAGCUGCUUUCCUAAUUGGACGGUAUAUGCAGUACGGGCACGUGCAAUUUACAGAUUACACAUUUACAGGUUGCAACUUUACAGGUUGCAAAUUGCAGGUUGGGUAAUUUUUUCAGCAUCAAAAAAAACCAACGAAAAAAAAAAUCAAGUGAAGAUCAGAACUUCUUUCCAGCAUUACAACGGUAGAGAAUGAAAGCAUCUCAAGUCCUUAGUUUCCAGAAAACAGCCACUGCCCUGUUGAGGAACCCGUGGCAAAAGUACAAGGACGGUACUUCGUGGUACCGUAAGUUUCCUCGUGGAUCCAAAAGACAUCCAUUGACCACUAAACAAGGUAAUAAACAUUUUUACAAAGGGACCGGUUCAUCGGGUUACGGUAGACUAAACAGCGCCGGGGUGUAUAUCAUCGACUGGUCUAAGGUCAGAACAUACGUUGUGCCUUCCGAUUUGCAAAGUGAAGGAUUAAAAGCCUUGGUUUCUCCAACUGCUCCACAAAUUUACCAACAAUACGUUGGAUACCAAGAUGGGGUCAAGAGUGCUGAAUUGGCAUGGAAAAACGUUGUUGAUUUCAUUGAAUAUGGUCAAAACUAUAACGAUCAAGACUUAGAAGCUAAUGACUACAAGGAAGAAUUCAUUAACCCAAAAGUCAUCAAGUCAGAACAAGUCGAUCUCGAAGGAUCUGAAUCCAUAAUAAAAAAAGAUUAAUCCUACCUCCCUAAUAUUACAAAAUGUAUAUAUUUGCAUCAUUCACCUCAUGAGUGUCCCACAAUGGCACUAUCCAAUUACGACAAUCAGAUUAAUGUACCAACUCCUUUCGAUGUUUCCGCCCCUCGGGGGCACUCUCUUCCAGUACUUUGUAUAUAGACUCCAAUUCAUUUCAAUAAAUAUUAAUACGA